AUGAGAUAUACUACUGCUCUUCUCUCUCUGGCUGCCAUUGCCGUUGCUCAGGACUGUGUCUCGAGCUACGAGUCGUGCCUUCUCACCAAGGACGAGCCCACCUGCAACUCCGAACUUGCUUCGUGCAAGGAUGUCUGCGGCAAGGACUUGGACCAGUGCAACCAGAGCGACGCCGGGUCUGCCACCUGCCAGAAGAACUACAACUCAUGUUUGAACACCUUCCCCAUCAUUCCCGGUGGUUCGGACUGUGUUGCCAAGUUCAUCAAGUGUGGUGAAUCUGGUCAAUCCUCCGAGAGCUGCAAUGCUCAGAAUGCUGNNGACUCUUGCACUAACAUCAACUCCGCCUGCCUUUCUUCCGGCUCCGCUGAUGUUGCCGCCUGCACUAAGCAGUACAACGCCUGCUACUACUCCUCCUCGGACGCCAUCACCCUCGACACCGUCGCCAAGUACCAAAACUGCCUCAACGCCGGCACCAACGUGACCGCCUGCAAUGCCGAACUCACCAACUUCAAGGACGCCUGCACAACCAUCCAGGCCACCUGCCUCGUUUCCGGAUCCGCCGAUGCUACCUUCUGCUCCUCGCUCACCGCCGCCUGCUACUACAACGGCAGCAAGUGGACCCGCGAGUCCUGCUCUGACGCCUUCACCGCCUGCACUGCCAGCGACUCUGAGUGCCGUGCCGAGUUGACCAUGUGCAAGGACACCUGCACAAACGCCGAGGCCUCGUGCCGUACUGCCCAAAACGCUGAUGCUUCUGCUUGUGCUGCUGUUCGCAGCUCGUGCCAGGGUUCUGCUAACGACCCCAUCACCGACCCUAACGUCCUUGCCGCUGCCUCUGCCUCUGCUUCCAAGACUUUGAGCUCUGUUGUUGCUGCCAGCACUGGUGGUUACACUUACAGCAAUGGCACUGUUGGUGGUAAGAAUGCUACUUCGACUUACACUCCUCUUGCCUACACUGGUGCUGCCUCCAAGGCUGGUGUUUCGGCUGCUCUUGCCGGUGUUUUCGGUGUUGCUGCUUACCUUCUGUAA